GAGGGCGGGGCCGAAAGAGGGGGAGAGAGAGAAAGAGAGAGAACCAAAGAGGAAAAAGAAUAUUAUAAACCUGUGGGAGAUUUUUUGAAAUUACAAAUUUGACAAAAAGAGAACAGAACGAGAAAAACACAGAAAAGAAACAGACAGCAACAGAGAAAAACAGACUGCAGAGAGAGAAGGGAAGACGCAGUGGAGUGUUCCGCGAGGAGAGGGGCGGUGCGAAAAGAGAGAAAGCGAGAGAGAGAGAGAGAGAGAGAGAGAGACGCAGCGGGACUUCAAGUUGGAGAACACUAAACGGUCGCCAGCUCUCCUGAAAAAGGCUCUGAAAAAAACAUCACACGCCAACGUGCUGGAGCCGCACGCCAUGGACGACACGGUGACCAAACCUCCCGAGCAGUAAAAAAAAUGUGAUAUUUACAGACAGCCACCUCAAAGAGAGAAAGAGAGAGAGAGAGCGGCUCCCCCACCCCCUCCUCUUUUUCCUCAUCCUCAUCUUUACCGGGUAAUCUCGUCUCAGGUGCUCCGUCCUCCGUCGUGUCGGCUGAACCUGGGGGGAAAAUGAAGAAGUUUAACAUCCGGAAGGUGCUGGACGGUCUCACGGCCGUGUCGUCCCCCUCGCCGUCCCCGCAAACAGGGGCUAAGGAGAACGACUUCAUCAUCCCGGAGACCCUCCAGUCCGAGCACUUUCAGCUCUGCAAGACUGUCCGCCAUGGCUUUCCCUAUCAGCCGUCUUCAAUGGCAUUUGACCCGGUCCAGAAAAUCCUUGCCAUUGGGACUCAGAGUGGAGCUUUACGAUUAUUUGGUCGACCCGGUGUGGAAUGUUACUGUCAGCAUGAGAGCGGAGCAGCCGUCAUCCAGUUACAAUUCCUUAUCAACGAGGGGGCGCUAGUGAGUGCUCUAGCCGACGAUAGCAUUCACCUAUGGAACCUGCGUCAGAAGAGACCGGCCGUGCUGCACUCGCUCAAGUUCAACAGGGAGAGGAUAACGUUCUGUCAUCUGCCUUUCCAAAGCAAGUGGUUGUAUGUCGGCACGGAGCGAGGAAACAUCCACAUCGUAAACGUGGAGUCUUUCACCCUCUCAGGAUACACCAUCAUGUGGAACAAAGCCAUUGAACUGUCCUCCAAGGCCCACCCUGGUCCUGUCGUCCACAUAAGUGAUAACCCAAUGGAUGAAGGCAAGCUCAUAAUAGGAUUUGAGUCUGGCAUCGUGGUGUUGUGGGAUUUGAAAUCAAAGAAGGCUGACUACCGCUACACUUAUGACGAGGCGAUCCAUUCUGUGGCCUGGCACCACGAGGGGAAACAGUUCAUCUGCAGUCACUCAGAUGGCACACUGACCAUAUGGAAUAUAAAGUCCCCAGCCAAGCCUGCACAGACAAUCACCCCACAUGGAAAGCAGCCCAAGGAUGGAAAGAAGCCAGAGCCAUGCAAACCCAUUCUCAAAGUAGAGUACAAGACUACGAGAGCAGGGGAUCCGUAUAUGAUCCUAUCUGGUGGUUUAUCGUACGACACGGUUGGUCGGCGGCCAUGUUUGACGGUAAUGCAUGGGAAGAGCACUGCGGUGCUGGAGAUGGACUAUCCCAUUGUAGACUUUCUCACACUCUGUGAAACGCCAUAUCCUAAUGAUUUUCAGGAACCUUAUGCUGUAGUGGUCCUUCUAGAAAAGGAUUUAGUUGUUAUCGACCUUGCACAAAAUGGUUAUCCUAUCUUUGAGAACCCGUAUCCCUUGACAAUUCACGAGUCUCCAGUGACGUGUUGUGAGUACGUCGCUGACUGUCCUGCGGACCUCAUACCUGCACUUUACUCAGUCGGCUCCCGCCAAAAACGACAGGGCUACAGCAAAAAGGAAUGGCCUAUUAGUGGUGGAAACUGGGGCCAGGGCACACAAAGCUACCCUGAAAUAAUAAUUACUGGGCAUGCUGAUGGUUCGGUAAAGUUUUGGGAUGCCUCUGCAAUAAUGCUCCAGGUGCUGUACAAACUGAAGACGGCCAAGGUGUUUGAGAAGACGCGCAGUAAGGAGGAGAAGCCAAAUACAGAGAUUGUGGAUGAGGAUCCAUUUGCCAUCCAGCUCAUGUCAUGGUGCCCAGACAGCCGCAUGUUGUGUGUGGCGGGAGUGUCCGCCCACGUCAUCAUCUACAGAUUCAGCAAGCAGGAAAUCGCCACCGAGGUUGUACAGUUACUGGAAGUCAGAUUGCAGUAUGAGCUGAAUGACCUAGAGUCACCAGAAGGGGGUGGGUACCAGACGCCAGCUCCUCCCACUCCGAGCACCUCCCCUAGCCCACAGACCUCCGGCCCCCAGACGCACCACUCCACCAGCAGCAACUCAUCAGAUGGCAUAAGAGAUAACGUUCCCUGUCUGAAGGUACGCAAUAGUCCCCUGAAGCAGUCUCCAGGUUAUCAGGUGGAAUUGGUGGUGCAGUUGGUGUGGGUCAGCGGAGAGCCUCCCCAGCAGAUCAGCAGCCUCGCCAUCAACUCUUCGUAUGGCCUGGUGGUGUUUGGCAAUACUAAUGGCCUGGCAGUGGUAGAUUAUCUCCAGAAGACCGUUCUUUUGAAUCUGAGCACCAUGGAGUUGUAUGGAUCCAAUGACCCAUAUCAGAGGCAACCCCGGUCACCUCGCAAGAGCAGACAACCUUCUGGAGGGCUGUGUGACAUCAACGAGGGCUCGGCCACGUCGGAGGACCGCUGCAAAUCCCCCACCUCAGUGUUGAUGUCUAACCAUCAGCAGUUCUACAAUGGCGGAGGUAGAGGAGCAAAGAUGUCACGGAAAUUAAGCUUGCCUACUGAGCUAAAGCCAGACUUGGUCCUACUCUCUGUAUGUCCCCCGCGGGCUGCAUUACCCCUAGACAACAGGGACAACUCCUUCAGCCGCUCACGGAGCUCCAGUGUGACCAGCAUCGAUAAAGAAGCACGCGAGGCCAUCACAUCAUUCUACUUUUGUGAGACGUACACACGUAAGACAGACAGCACCUUGACCCCAGCCCUGUGGGUGGGCACUUCUCUGGGCACUGUCCUCUCCAUUUCCCUAAGCAUGCCCCCAGCUGGAGAGCAGAGGCUACUGCAGCCAGUCAUCGUCUCACCCAGUGGCACUCUCAUCAGACUAAAAGGCAGCAUCCUCCGGAUGGCCUUCCUAGAUGCUACUGGGUCCUUCCUGCCCCCGCCCUCUGAGCUGUGGUAUGAGCCCAACGCCCCAGCUAACGGUGAGGAGAGAGAGAGGGUGAGGAAGAGACGUCCAGUGUCUGUCUCUCCGUCCACUUCGCAAGAACUGAAUGAGCACCAGUACGCCGUGGUGUGCUCAGAGAAACAGGCCAAAGUGAUCGCCCUGCCCUCACAAACCUGCAUCUUCAAGCACAACAUCACCGAGACAUCCUUUGUCCUGCGGGCUGAUGUGGUACAGACUGGCCCUGGCAUCUGUGUGGCCUGCUUCUGUGCAAACGGCCACAUCAUGACCCUCAGUUUGCCAGGGCUGAGACCGUUACUGGAUGUCAACUACCUGCCACUGACAGACAUGAGGAUAGCCAGAACCUUCUGCUUUACUAACCUGGGCCAGGCUAUGUACCUGACCUCCCCCACUGAGAUUCAGAGGAUAACGUACAGCCAGGAUGUCUGUGAGAAUCUGCAGGAGAUGCUGGGUGAGCUGUUCACUCCGGUAGAGACGCCAGAGGCUCCAAACCGGGGAUUCUUUAAGGGCCUUUUCGGAGGAGGGGCGCAGUCACUGGACAGAGAAGAACUCUUUGGGGAGUCAGGUGCAGGGAAGGCGUCCCGGAGCCUCGCCCAGCACAUUCCUGGCCCGGGGGGCAUCGAGGGCAUGAAGGGGGCAGCAUCGGGCAUUGUGGGUGACCUGGCUCGCGCACGGAUAGCACUAGAUGAAAGGGGGCAGAAACUGAGCGAGGUGGAGGAGAGGACAGCGGCUAUGAUGGCUAGCGCCGACUCUUUCUCCAAGCACGCUCACGAGAUGAUGCUGAAGUGUAAGGACAAGAAAUGGUACCAGUUCUGAUCUGCGGACCAGCACAGAGCCUAAAGGGACUCAGCCACCUUCCUAAAGAGCAUUAUCCUCCUCUCAUUCUUCUCUCCUCCUCUUCUUCCAUCUCUUUUCUGCUGGAACAGUUGGAUCCCUCUUUCUUUCUUGGCACAAUGUUGAAUACUGUGUUGACCUCAGUCCUGCUGUAGGAUCUGCAGGGGGGUGUAUGAAACAUGGACCACAGCUCAAAAAAGAUAACAGUACAACCACUACGACAGUGUCUGCUUUUUUGUUGUUUUGUUUCUUUAUUAUUGCCAUCCUCCCUCCUGUGGCGAAUUGUCUCUCAAGGGCCGUGCAGUUCCAUUUCCUCAUAUUCACGCUGUCGUUUCUGCGUUCACCUCUGUCCUUCUCACGAGGAACACCAGUGGGGAAAAAAAGACAAACAGAAACAAAAUAAUACAU